AUGGCAUCCUUCGCACGCCCCCUCUUCCAAUCGGCUCUCCGCCACGCCGCCCGCCCCUCCAUCCCCUCGGCCUUCACUCGCUCCCCCCUCCCAGCGCGCCGUUUCCUCUCCGCCGAGACCAAGACCGCCAUCACCGAAGCGGUCGGUUCGGCGCCCGUGGUGCUCUUCAUGAAGGGCACACCCGAGACGCCCCAGUGCGGGUUUUCGCGCGCGAGUAUCCAGAUCUUGAGUUUGCAGGGGGUGGAUCCGGGGAAGUUUACUGCGUUUAAUGUUUUGGAAGAUGAUGCUUUGAGGUCGGGCAUCAAGGAGUUCUCAGACUGGCCAACGAUCCCCCAGCUAUACGUCGACAAGGAGUUCGUAGGCGGCUGCGAUAUCCUCGUUUCCAUGCAUCAGAAUGGCGAGUUGGCGAAGCUGUUUGAGGAGAAGAACGUGCUGGCGCCCCCGGGAGUGGGAGAGGAGAAGCCGGCCUCGGAGUAA